AUGGUACAAAAUUAUGUUUCAUUUUUGAAAUUAGCUGGCAAAGAAUCAUUGAUUGUGCCAACAUUCGAAAUCGAUUUGAUUUGGCAUACACCUAUGAGAGCAAAUCACUCUUACUUAGUAGCCACAGAAGCCCUAUGUGGAUUUCGUCUUGAUCAUAAUGAUGAUAUCGAUAAGGAUACCUUAGGCAAUGCAUAUAAAAGAACAGCUGAUCGAUGGAAAGAAAUUUAUAAGACGGAAUAUGGUACAAAUAUUGACAAAAAUCAAUUGAGUACAUCACAAUAUACUAGUAAUUGUGCACUUGUAUCACGAACAAGAUUAGUUAUUCAGUCUUCGUUACCUGUCAGUAAAGUAGUAAAGAGUAGUGUUUGGAGCAAUGAUGAAGGCGGUAAUGGUGGUGAUGACGGUUGUGGUGAUGGUGAUGGUGGUUGCGGUGGUGACGGUGGGUGUGGAGGUUGUGGAGGCGAUUGA